GAAUGCGGAUUAGUGCUGGGCGGUGUAUAGGAUGAUAAGGUAUGAUGUAAUCACAACCCCAUCACAGCUUCUUUGAAUUAUUUAUUCGCUCCAAUUCGUAUGAUUUGGAAAGCAAAUUUUCCAUAUUAUUAGAUAGUUUAUGGAUACUGAGAUCUGUCACCAACUGCCUUGCCCUUCCUAAGCAAGUGAUAUAUGUUUCGUUCUACAUUGGCCUUCACCAAACGGUAUCCGUUCCCCGCUUCUAUUCGAUACUACUGUAGAACCGCCAGGAUGUCGUUGAAGGCUAUCUCUUCUAAAGAUGCCGCAUCCCUUGACAAGGACCUAAUGGAGAUCGGAGGGUGGUCUCUGGACCAACUGAUGGAACUUGCCGGGUUGUCUGUCUCGCAAGCAGUCUACCGUGUACAUCCCCCAAGCGCUGGAAAGAACAUCCUCUUGGUCUGCGGCCCAGGCAAUAACGGAGGAGACGGUCUAGUAGCCGCUCGUCAUCUCGCUCAGUAUGGCUAUAAACCGUCCAUCUAUUAUCCCAAACAGGGCAAGAAUGAACUUUACCAGCGUCUUAGAACCCAGCUUGAUAAUCUCUCCGUGCCAUUCAUUGAGGACUUCCCCGUAGCCAUUAAAUCUGCAGAUCUCCUGGUGGAUGCAAUCUUUGGGUUCUCCUUUGGUGGGCCCCUCCGAGACCCUUUCCCAACCAUCAUCUCUCAAAUCGAGUCGGCGUUAGUACCUGUUCUGAGCGUUGAUGCGCCCAGCUCAUGGGAUAUAGAGAGUGGCCCACCUAAGGAAGGCCCUGGGUCGAAAUUCAUGCCGGAGUAUCUGAUCAGCUUGACUGCGCCGAAGCCAUGUGUGAAAUAUUACCAGGGAAGGCAUUUCCUUGGUGGCCGGUUUUUGACGAAGAGUAUCACGGAGAAGUAUGGGCUAGAUCUACCCAAUUACCCGGGAAUUGACCAGAUUGUGGAAAUUGGGGUCGAUGCUGAAGGAAAGCUCUAAGAAUAUAUCUGACGAUUAAUCUAAUGUACUUCAGUCUAGACAAAGGUAGGCAGGACUCUUAAGACUAUUUCAUUUGUACAACAUAUGUGGAUUGUCAAAACCA